CGGGGACGGAGGAGGGGUAGAGUUGUGAAGAUGGCGGCAGUGGUGGAGGUGGAGGUUGGAGGAGUUGCUGCCGGGGAACGGGAGCUAGAUGAGGUUGAUAUGUCAGACCUCUCUCCAGAAGAGCAAUGGAGGGUUGAGCACGCACGAAUGCAUGCCAAGCACCGUGGCCACGAAGCCAUGCACGCUGAAAUGGUCCUCAUCCUCAUCGCUACUUUGGUGGUGGCCCAGCUGCUCCUGGUGCAGUGGAAACAGAGACACCCCCGCUCCUACAAUAUGGUGACCCUCUUUCAGAUGUGGGUUGUUCCCCUCUAUUUCACAGUGAAGCUGCACUGGUGGAGGUUCCUAGUGAUCUGGAUCUUGUUCUCUGCUGUCACAGCUUUUGUUACCUUCCGAGCCACCCGGAAACCACUAGUACAGACAACACCAAGGUUGGUUUAUAAGUGGUUCCUGUUGAUCUAUAAAAUCAGCUAUGCCACUGGCAUUGUUGGCUACAUGGCUGUCAUGUUUACCCUCUUUGGUCUCAAUUUAUUAUUCAAGAUCAAACCAGAAGAUGCCAUGGACUUUGGCAUUUCUCUCCUCUUCUAUGGCCUCUACUAUGGAGUUCUUGAGCGAGAUUUUGCAGAGAUGUGUGCAGACUACAUGGCGUCUACCAUAGGGUUCUACAGCGAGUCGGGCAUGCCUACCAAACACCUCUCGGACAGUGUGUGUGCCGUGUGUGGGCAGCAGAUCUUUGUGGAUGUCAGUGAAGAGGGCAUCAUCGAGAACACAUAUAGGCUGUCUUGCAAUCACGUAUUCCACGAGUUCUGCAUCCGUGGCUGGUGCAUCGUGGGAAAGAAGCAGACAUGUCCCUACUGCAAAGAGAAGGUAGACCUCAAGAGGAUGUUCAGCAACCCCUGGGAGAGGCCUCACGUCAUGUACGGGCAACUGCUGGAUUGGCUUCGAUAUUUGGUAGCCUGGCAGCCUGUCAUCAUUGGCCUGGUACAAGGCAUCAACUAUGUCCUGGGCCUGGAAUAGUCAGGAAGAAGAGCAUCUGCCUGCUAUGGACCUCAGGGCACUCUCCCCCCUGCCCUCCAAGAUGAUCUGAGUGGGAAAGACUCAAAAGGGGCACUUGGGCCACUCAGUACCCCUCUGGCUGUGCCUGGGCUGGGGAGGGAGAUGGUGGAGAGCCAGCCAGUGGGGCUGUCAGCAGUGGGGGCUUUUUAAAAGAAAACUAUUUUGAUGAAUAUAUUUAAAAACCUUUUUUAUUGUGGAGCAUAGGAAUUGCCCCCAACUCUUCCAGGCCUUGCCUUCCUUGUUUGAGCAGGGCGGGGGCAGAGCCACAUUUUUGAUUUAAAGGAGCCUUCUCAUCUCUGGCUGAGAGCCUCAGCCGCCCCACCCCUGCUCCCUGCCCUUCCUUCCCUCUGUGGGGCGCCAGCCUGGUUCACUCAGAGUGGGAGAGCCCAUGGGCUCUGCCUGGUACCACAGAUACACACUGAUGGGGGGUGAGGUGUCUUCCUUCCUCCCUUUUUGGGCCCCUCAGUCGGUGUUGUGUCAACUCUGUCUUCCCUUGUCCAGGACCCAUAGACUGGUUGAUGCAAGUGGAGGGAGGGAUGCCCUGGGAUCUCACAGUUCACCGAGGAUUUGUGUGGGGGAAACCCAAAGCAGCAGCAGUUUGGGUAACAUGCCCCCAGUGAAGAACAGGGUCUAUCUGUGUGUAGUUGGGCCAUGGGAACUAUUGUUGGCAGCAGUGAUUGAAGGCCUCUUGUGCAAUCUGACCCUUCAGCCCGGAAGUGGUGACACACACCAAAGGCCACUCUGCCACGUCACUUCCUUCCCGGAAAGCCUGCGUGAGGGUGUGCAUGUGCGUCUGUUCGUGUGCGGCAGUAGAACUGUGACAGAUAGGACUUCUCCCUAUCGUCAGACAGUGUUCCCUUGAAGCUGCCAGGGGAUUCCCAGCCCAGGGAAUAUCCCUCGGUCAACUUCCACGUUCAUGGGUCCUGCCUGGGCCUGGCCACAGGAGUGGUGGUGGGUAUGAAGAGAAGAGGGCAAGGCCCAGGCAAGUGUGGGUUCUAAAAAGGUUCCAGGUAGGCCCCAGCUCUGGCCCUAGGUGUUUUGAAGGAAGUGGGAGGGCAAACAUGGGCCUUCAGCACUGGGUUCCUAGGGAAUGUGGCCCAGCAGGGCCUGUCUUCAAGCGCAGCAAGAGCCAAGCAGGAUCUUGUCACUCCAUUCUGAAUAAAGCUCCAUGAGCUGGGUUGGAAAGCUGAA